AUGGAAGAGGGUCGCGCACGAGGGCAUCAGCGUGGGUGGAGCGACGAAAGUUAUGAGAAGGAAGAGCUUCUGCCACAACCAAAGAAGAAAUGGACCAAGAAAAAGAAGUGGUUGAUAUUAGGCGCAAUUAGCGUCGUCCUAUUAAUCAUCAUCAUCGCCGUCGCUGUGGCGGUCAGUCAAAAGAAAAAGGGGGGAGGCGGAGGCGGAGGCAACGACACCUCGUCAUCGUCAUCGCUGGACGGGCAGGAUCGAAACUCGAUACCGGAGAAAUGGCGGGGCACCUAUCUCGACCCUUGGACAUGGGCCACCACUACCGAUUUCAACGUCACCUUUACAGAUGAAAUGGUGGGCGACCUGCCAGUCAUGGGGUUAUACUCGAAAUGGGACGACUCGACAGCGGCCAACGACAAGGUUCCGGCAUUGAACAAGGCUUGGGGAAAGUACACGGAUCUGCCGGCGCGCGGCGUGAACUUGGGAGGGUGGCUGUCACUGGAGCCGUGGAUCACGCCGUCUUUAUUCGACUACCCGCUAAGUAUGGGAAUCAUUGACGAAUGGACGCUGGUGACGUAUUUGGCCGAUAAGGCAGCAUCGACGCUGGAAAAGCACUAUUCGACCUUUGUCACCGAGGACACGUUCAAGGCGAUUGCGGCUGCUGGACUGGAUCAUGUGCGCAUCCCGUUCUCGUACUGGGCUGUCACGACAUACGAUGGAGACCCGUACUUGUUUCGUACAUCGUGGCGAUACUUGCUGCGCGGCAUCGAGUGGGCGCGAAAGUAUGGGCUACGCAUCAACCUUGAUCUCCACGGGCUUCCAGGCAGCCAAAACGGAUGGAAUCACAGUGGGCGCUGGGGAGCCAUUGGCUGGCUCAAUGGCACAGACGGCGACACCAACGCCCAACGGUCACUAGACGUCCAUGACCGGCUCUCCAAAUUCUUUGCCCAGGACCGCUACAAGAACAUCAUCAGUCACUAUGGGCUGGCUAACGAACCACGAAUGGUGAUACUGGAUGCUUCCAAGGUCAUCAGCUGGACCGAGAGCGCUUACAAACUGGUGCGCAAAAACGGCAUCCAAGGCAUUGUGGUUUUCGGUGACGGCUUCAUGGGUCUCGAAAAUUGGCAAGGCCGCAUGACGGGCUACGAUAGCCUGGUGCUCGAUGUCCACCAGUAUGUCAUCUUCAACGAAAACCAGAUCGACUUUUCGCACCAAAGGAAGGUCCAGUACGCCUGCGACGGGUGGACGCAGCAGACGCAGCAAAGCAUGGACACCAGCACCGGCUACGGACCGACGCUGUUCGCGGAGUGGUCGCAGGCGGACACGGACUGCGCCAAGCACCUGACCAACGUCGGCUGGGGGAACCGGUGGGAGGGCACGCUGGACACGGGCGACCCCAAGACGUCGAUCCUGACGCCGCGGUGCCCGACACAGAACAAGCAGUGCUCGUGCGCGCAGGCCAACGCGGACCCCAGCAAGUGGAGCGCCGACUACAAGAAGUUCCUCAAGAUGUUCGCGGAGGCGCAGAUGCACAGCUUCGAGAAGGGCUGGGGUUGGUGGUACUGGACGUGGAAGACGGAGAGCGCGCCGCAGUGGUCGUACGAGGCCGGCCUCAAGGCCGGCAUCCUCCCGACGAAGGCGUAUUCCCGGGACUUCAACUGCGACUCGGACGUGCCGGAUUUUGCAAAGAAUGGCCUGCCCGAGUACUAUUAA